AUGAAGCAGGCUGCUGGUGUGAGUCUCGUAGCCCUCACGGCCGCGCAAGCGAUAUGGUACCGGCUGGGCCUGCGAGCUCCGUUUGCUUACAAUCGCGACCAAGUCUUUCAAGAGCACCCAAACUGGAGAGCCACAUACGACCGAACAGAUGGACCUGGUACAAUCAACGUCCUCGUCUACGGCGCAUCGACAUCAGUGGCACUAUAUACCGCGCAGAUGAUCUAG